AUGGGCACCGAGCUCCAUUUAGCCUGCGAAGGGUUGCGGGCCAGUUGGGCAGUUUUCAAGCACCGGGUAGAGUGCACAAGGCUACUCUUACAGCGUGGCGCUCAGGUCAAUGCCAAGGAUAAGAUGAUCGGGACCGCAUUGUGCCAUUCUGCUGGGGAGGGGCACUUAGAUAUUGUCAAGUUGCUUCCCGAGCAUGGCGCAGACACAGAACUUACUUCCAGCCGUGGGGAAGCUCCUUUAUCGUUAGCAGCUCAGCGUGGCCAUGUAGAUGUAGUGCGGUUACUGCUAGCUUAUGGGGCCAAUAUUGAUGGAAAGAACUUGGACGGCAAGACAGCACUAGAUGUCGUCCAAAGAGAUUACAACAUGCGCAUCACGUUUGACGAGGUCGUAGAGGUGCUCAAGUCUCACUAG